UCAGUAGUACGUGGGGAUGUACUUACCUUAGGCACUGCAAUGCGUACUGGACCUACCGUGCAAGGGGAAUCAUAACGGCAGUGGGGACUCCUUGGCAGUCAUUUCCGCGAUCGUGCCAAUCUCGAUAUAAAGCGCCUUAUCCUUCGAUCUUACAUCCCUCCUUAUCCUUUUCUCGCACUGUUCAAUUGUGCGAUCUUCAGCUGCUAUGAGGUUCCUACAAUUCUCCGGUGUCGCCGUGCUGGUCUCAUGCGCAGCGGCUCAGACCUUUCAGCGCCUCGGUGGCUGCCCGGAUCUAGGCUGUGUUUUCCCUCCUGAUCAAGCGGACUUCCUCCCCGGCCAGUUCUUUGACAUUCGCCUCGAAGUGCACUCGCCCGUCAACGGCUCUGAAGCUCGCAAGGGAGAGCCCGACCCAGACUUCCAGUUCACUAUCAGGAAGAAAGGCGAACAGCCCGUGCCUGUGACCGAUUUCUUUGACGUCAAGGAGCCAAGUCUGGAAGCAUGGACCUUUACUUGGUACGAAGACCUCUUUGCGGAGGACGCGCACACACCGUCUCUAGUCAACGUCACAUCCAAAGCCUACCGGCGGGUGGCUCUCUCUGAGCCCGGCGAAUACGAGGCUACGUUGACCUACUAUGGCAACCAGACAACCGUAGCCAACUGGCUCGUGCGAGACCUGUCAAGCAAACGGCGCGCGAAGAACGUGAUCCUGUUCAUCGGAGACGGGAUGACAACCAACAUGAUCACAGCGGCACGUCUCCUAGCCCACCGCAGCAUCAACGGCAAGUACAUGACCACGCUGCAGAUGGACCAGUUCCCCGUCCUGGGCCACCAGAUGACCCACUCGAUGGAUUCGUUCAUCACCGACUCGGCGAAUUCCGCCACGGCGCUGUACUCAGGCCACAAGACGACGGUCAACGCCCUGAACGUCUACGUGGAUUCCUCAGCGGACCCAUUCGAUGACCCGAAAUUCGAAACCAUCUCGGAGAUCUUCCGGCGCCGCUAUCCCGACGGCGGCGUUGGCAUCGUCUCGACCGCCUUCCUGGCGGAUGCCACCCCCGCGGGCCUUGCCGCGCACACCAGCGACCGCGGAGAGUACGACCAUGUGAUCGGCGCCUUUCUGGAAGGUCUGCACUCACACGCCUGGACAGACUGGAACGGCCCGGAUGUCCUUUUCGGCGCGGGGGCGGAGAACUUCCUGACGAGCAAGGACGCCCCGCGGGACUACUACGACCUGUUCGCGGAGAAAGGCUACAGCGUCAGCUGGAACAAGACGGCGCUGCAGGCGGCCCCCAAUGACCAACGGGCGCUGGGGGUGUUCCAGACGUCGAACCUGGCGACCUGGCUCGACCGGCACGUCUACCAGGACAAUCUCCGCAACCAGCACAACCACCCGGACGGGUCCGAUCGCGACGCAGACGACCUCCCAGGCCUCAAGGACAUGACCCUCAAGGCGAUCGACGUGCUGCACGAGCGACACGGCGAGCAGGGGUGGUUCAUGAUGUCCGAGGCCGCCAGCAUCGACAAGCAGAUGCACGCCCUGGACUACGACCGGUCCCUGGGCGAAGUCCUCGAGCUAGACGACACGGUGCGGGCCACCAUCGCGAAGCUCGAGGCUCUGGGCGAGUUGGAGGACACGCUGAUCGUGGUGACAGCGGACCACGGGCACGGGUUCGACGUGACAGGGUCGGUCGACACGGCGUACCUGAACGCGCAUGACGACGACCGCAGCAAGCGACGGGCAGUGGGGUACUACGAAAACUCAGGUCUCUCGCAGUACGCUGCGCGCGGGCCGGGGGCCCUGCGGUACUCGGAGGGGGAACACUUCCCGGCGCGCUGGGACCCGCGCUACACGCUACACUCCGGGGUGGGGGCCUUCCCGGAUCGCCGGGAGAACUACCAGGUGCACCGGGAGGGGCCGCGCGAGCCGGCUGUCCCGGGCCCCGAGGGUGAGUCGUCGUACGUGGCCAACUAUAAAGACGCGGUGACCGGGUUCCUGAUCAACGGCACGCUGCCUGUGGAUGCGGCGGAGGGGGUGCACUCGCUGACGGAUGUGCCGGUGUUUGCGCGAGGGCCGUGUCAGGAACUGUUUGGUGGGGUGUAUAACUCCGUGGACGUGUUUUUUAACAUGGCGGAGUGUUUGGGGCUGGCGGGGGAUGAAUGA